AUGGGGCAGUGUUACAGUUUUUCCUCGGAGGAUGAAGAUUCUGACCCUGACACGGAUGAGGACGAGUCAGGAGAAAUGAGCGAGGAUGAAGAAAAUAAAGUGAGCUUGGAGGCCUCCCUACUAUCGUCAGAACCAGAAACAGAUGUCUCAAGUAUUUUUAAAGAGGCUUUUCAACAACUGAUGUGUAUGGCAGCACCUAUUACUGAUGAAGACAAACCAGCAGGCGGGAUUCAGAUCUCUCAAGACCAGGUUGAAACGCCAAAUGUUAAAACGUUAAAACGAAAUUUUGAAACUGAAUCUGUUGUGCCAACUGGUGACGAUGAAACCAAACCAACAGCUAACCAGGUUGAAAUGAUAGCACCAGCAAUCGAAUUCGGAACGCCGAUUGAGGAAGUGGAAACACCAAAUGUUAAAAUCGAAGCAACAACUAUCGAAGAAGAAACAACUUUGGAAAUCGAAGCGUUAGCUGUCGAAAUCGAAUCACCAUCCGUCGAAAUGGUAACACCAUGUGGCCAAAUUGACACACCAGAUGCUAAAAUUGAAACAGUCGAAAGACCAGCUGUUGUUGAAGUGGAAAUAACGGCCUUGGCAAUCGAAGAACCAGAUGUCGAAAUCGAAUCACCAUCCGUCGAAAUGGUAACACCAUGUGGCCAAAUUGACACACCAGAUGCUGAAAUUGAAACAGUCGAAAGACCAGCUGUUGUUGAAGUGGGAAUAACGGCCUUGGCAAUCGAAGAACCAGAUGUCGAAAUCGAAACACCAGCUGUCGAAAACGAAACACCAAUUGUCAAAGUUGAUAUAUCAUUUGUGGAAGCAUUAACUGUCGAAAUCAAAUCACUAGCCGAUGAAAUUGAACCUCCAGCUGUUGAAGUGGACAUAACACCUUUGGAAAUAGAAGCACUAGCAGCAUUUGUCGAUAACGAAGCGUUAUCACCAGCUGAUGAAAUUGAAGCCCCAGCUAUUGUCGAAAUCGAAUCACCAACUGUAGAAAUUGAAGCACCAGUUGUCGAUAUCAAAUCACCAGCUGUAGAGAUUGAAGGACCUGUUGUCCAAAUUGGAACACCAGCUGUAGAGAUUGAAGUACCAGUUGUCGAAAUUGGAACACUAACUGUAGAGAUUGAAGGACCAGUUGUCGAAAUUGAAACACCAACUGUAGAGAUUGAAGCACCAGUUGUCGAAAUUGAUACACCAACUGUAGAGAUUGAAGGACCAGUUGUCGAAAUUGAAACACCAGCUGUAGAGAUUGAAGCAUCAGUUGUCGAAAUUGAAUCACAAGCUGUAGACAUUGAAGUACCAGUUGUCGAAAUCGAAUCACCAGCUGUAGAGAUUGAAGGACCUGUUGUCGAAAUUGAAUCACCAACUGUAGAGAUCGAAGUACCAGUUAUCGAACUCGAAUCACCAGCUGUAGAGAUUGAAGCACCAGUUGUCGAAAUCGAAUCACCAACUGUAAAGAUUGAAGGACCUGUUGUCGAAAUUGAAACACCAACUGUAGAGAUCAAAGUACCAGUUGUCGAAAUCGAAUCACCAUCUGUAGAGAUUGGAGCACCAGUUGUCGAAAUCGAAUCACCAACUGUAGAGAUUGAAGCACAAGUUGUCGAACUCGAAUCACCAGCUGUAGAGAUUGAAGCACCAGUUGUCGAAAUCGAAUCACCAACUGUAAAGAUUGAAGCACAAGUUGUCGAAAUUGAAACACCAACUGUAGAGAUCGAAGUACCAGUUGUCGAAAUCGAAUCACCAGCUGUAGAGAUUGAAGAACCUGUUGUCGAAAUUGAAUCACCAACUGUAGAGAUUGAAGUACCAGUUGUCGAAAUCGAAUCACCAACUGUAAAGAUUGAAGCACAAGUUGUCGAAAUUGAAUCACCAGCUGUAGAGAUUGAAGCACCAGCUUUAGAGAUUGAAGCACCAGUUGUCGAAAUCGAAACAUCAACUGUAGAGAUUGAAGCACCAGUUGUCGAAACCGAAUCACCAACUGUAGAGAUCGAAGUACCAGUUGUCGAAAUCGAAUCACCAGCUGUAGAGAUUGAAGAACCUGUUGUCGAAAUUGAAACACCAACUGUAGAGAUCGAAGUACCAGUUGUCGAAAUCGAAUCACCAGCUGAAGAGAUUGAAGAACCUGUUGUCGAAAUUGAAUCACCAACUGUAGAGAUUGAAGUACCAGUUGUCGAAAUUGAAUCACAAGCUGUAGAGGUUGAAGUACCAGUUUUCGAAAUUGAAUCACCAGCUGUAGAGAUUGAAGCACCAGCUUUAGAGAUUGAAGCACCAGUUGUCGAAAUCAAAACAUCAACUGUAAAGAUUGAAGGACCUGUUGUCGAAAUUGAAACACCACCUGUAGAAAUUGAAGCACCUGUUGUCGAAAUCGAAUCACCAACUGUAAAGAUUGAAGCACCAGUUGUCGAAAUCGAAUCACUGGAUAUUGAAGCACCAGUUGUCGAAAUUGAAUCACAAGCUGUAGAUAUUGAAACACCUGGUGUCGAAAUCGAAUCACAAGCUGUAGAUAUUGUAGCACCAGUUGUCGAAAUUGAAUCACCAACUGUAGAGAUUGAAGGCCCUGUUGUCAAAAUUGAACCACCAGCUGUAGAGAUUGAAGCACCAGUUGUCAAAAUCGAAUCACCAACUGUAGAGAUUGAAGGACCUGUUGUCGACAUCGAAUCACAAGCUGUAAAGAUUGAAGCACCACUUGUCGAAAUUGAGUCUCCGGCUGUAGAGAUUGAAGCACCAGUUGUCGAAAUCGAAGCGCCAGUUUUCGAAAUCGAAAAACCAGCUGUCCAAAUGAAAACACCAAUUGUCCAAGUUCACACGACAAAUACUGAAAUUGAAACACCAGCCGAAAAGGCAGCAGUCGAAAAAUUAGUCAUGUAUGCAGAAUCACCAGCUGUCAAAAUAGAGGCACCAAUCGAAUCGCCGACUGGCUCUGAAGUAGGAGUUAAAGUCAAAACAACCAACAAAUUCCAGGUAACCAUGUUGAAACGUCAAAUAUUUAAAGCUUUCAAAAACAAGUCCCCAAAUGGUAAAAUUGGAAAGACGCAAGAUGUAUGGGCAGAGGGUCCGGGAUUGAUGGAUUGUUUUGAGGGUGAUCAGGGCGACUUUCAAAUAUUAAACAAACAUGCUGGACACGGUACACUGAGUGUGGAAGUAAAGGGAUCCAAAGCCAAAUCUCAAGUAACUGAAUGGAAGGAAGCGAAAGAGACAGUUACCUGUAGAUACAACCCAGAAGUAGCGGGAAAGUACACCAUCAAUAUCAAGUGGGAGGAUGAACAUAUCAUAGGCAGUCCAUUCAAGAUAAAAGUCAGGGAACGUCCAGUAAGUGAACUCAAAAGACCAGCUGUUGAAGUUGAAAGACGAUCUGUGGAAAUGGAAGCACCAGCUGUUGCAGUUGAGCCACUGAACGUCGACAUACCCUCCGUUACAAGUGAACUGCCGGAAGCGAUAUGGGCAGAGGGUCCGGGCUUGAUGGACUGUUUUGUGGGUGAUCAGGGCGACUUCAAAGUUUUCACUAAAGAUGCCUUACAGGGUUCACUAACUGUGCGAGUGAAUGGACCAAAAAACAAAUUCCGAGUAAAAACAUGGAAAGGAGGGAGACGGACAGUAAACUGUACUUACAACCCUGAAGCAGCCGGAAAGUACACUAUCAACAUCAAGUUGGAGGACCAACAUAUCAAGGGUAGUCCAUUCAACAUAGACGUGAGAAAACAUCCAGAACCAGACAUUUUACUUGUGUUAAGAUGA